AUGUGCACACCUGGAGAAACUGGACUAAUGGUCAUGUAUGCUAAUCGAUAUCAACAAAUAAAAAAACUCGGUCAAGGAAGUUUUGGUACGGCUUAUUUAGUUCACGAUACGAAAUCUAAACAUGAGAAAAAGGUUUUGAAAGCAAUAUUUAUCGGUGAUGUUUCUCCAAAUGAAUCAUUAGAUGCUGAACAUGAAGCUUCAAUAUUAGCACGUCUUCGUCAUCCAAAUAUAGUACGAUUUUAUGAUAGUUUUGUUGAUGCGUUGCAUUUUUGCAUUGUCACAGACUAUUGUGAAGAUGGUGAUCUUGACCAAUUCUUAAAAUCGUUACGUAAACAACGUAGUCGUUUACAAAUGGAUCAAGUUAUUGAUUUAUUUAUGCAACUUUUAUCAGCCAUAAAUUUUCUUCAUUCCAGAAAAAUUCUACAUCGUGACAUUAAAACUAGUAAUAUUUUUUUAAAACGAAACUGCGUUAAACUUGGUGAUUUUGGUAUAUCACGUCUAAUGAUUAAUACAUUAGAUCAAGCAUCCACAUUUAUUGGUACACCAUAUUAUAUGAGUCCGGAAACAUUAAGAUACGAUGGAUAUAAUAUGAAAUCAGAUAUUUGGUCAUUAGGUUGUGUUCUAUAUGAAUUAAGUGUUUGUAAACGUGCUUUUGAACGAUCAAAUAUUAUACAAACAAUGGAUGCAAUACUUCGAGAAUCUGCACCGGCAUUACCAGAAAGAUUUCCACUAAAAGUACAACAACUUUAUUUACAAAUGCUAUCAAAGGAUCCAGAAAAACGAAUGAAAGCAUCAGAAUUAUUGGACGAAUUUAGUAAGAUUGAAAUAAAAGCAAAUCAUAUACAAAAAAUAACUACUCAAUCUUCGACUCCUGAUCUUGAAAAAAAAGAAUCACAUCCAGCACUACUACGUUCAUUUAGUAAUGGCCCAAUUAUAAAUAAGCAUAUUCAUAAUGCAUUACAAGUUCCAUCGUCUCCAAUUCAUUCAGCAUCAUCUACGGAUUCUAUUGAUUGUUCUGAAAGCAGUUCAGCAGAAGAUAUUCAAGGUGCAGAUAAUAAUUUGGAUCCUUUUAAUGCAACAGCAAAACAAAUGAAAACUGAUUACUAUCGAAGUAAAGCGAUAGAAUUAGUUGGUUUAGAAAAUUUUACUCGUAUUCAUAAUUACUUACACACCCAACAUAAAAAACAAUCUGAAGAUCCAACUCUAACAGAUGAUAUUAUUGUGUCGGAUCUUCAUGCAUUAAGUUCCGAUUCGCAUGCAUGUACAUUAAUAAAUGAACUUGUUCUUCAUGAAUGUUUAAAUGAGCUGAACGAACGAACAGAAGCAUCUUGA